CUUCUUGAGGAGAGAGAUGCACUUCAGCUCAAGUUAAGUGCUUCUCUGAGACAAACACAAGAACUGAGCCGAGAGCUAAGUCUCAGCCACCAGUUACCUGCCUCAGUCUCCCCUGAACCAUCCCUUGACCAAAAGUUAGCUGAGCUUCGAGAAUUGAACGACACACUGGAGCAGAAAGCUCUGUCACACUUGCAGAGUGCAGUGUCUAGUAGCAUGGGUCGGAGAAUAACUAUCAGUGGUCUACCACCUCCCCCUAUGUUCACCCCUCACACUGCUCACCUACCCCUACUGCUACCAGACAUGCCGAUUACACACUUAGUAAGUUACCUUCCACCUAGUCUACUUGUGACUUUCUAGAAGCAAUAGCCUGCUUGACCUUUCAGUCAGUAAUGUGUG